CAGCUUAUCCCUUUACCACCACCAGGUGUCUAUUGGACGACUGUUUUCUUCUCUCCUUUGUGCAUAUUACGCAGAACUAGUCUAAUCCUCAAUGGCUCUCAAGCGCAUCAACAAAGAGCUUCUUGAUCUCGGACGUGAUCCACCCUCUUCUUGCAGCGCCGGACCUGUUCAAGGCGGAGGAGAACGUGCGAACGACCUGUUCCAUUGGCAAGCUACAAUCAUGGGCCCGAGUGACUCACCUUACGCCGGCGGAGUCUUCUUCCUUUCCAUAUUGUUCCCUACCGACUAUCCGUUCAAACCUCCGAAGGUCAGCUUUACGACAAAGAUCUAUCAUCCGAAUAUCAACGCCAACGGCUCCAUCUGUCUCGACAUUUUACGAGACCAAUGGUCUCCUGCGCUUACAAUUUCGAAAGUACUGCUUUCGAUCUGUUCGAUGCUCACUGAUCCCAAUCCGGAUGAUCCUUUGGUACCUGACAUUGCCCAUCUGUACAAGACUGAUCGGGAGCGGUAUGAGGCCACCGCUAGAGAAUGGACAAGGAAAUAUGCUAUGCAGUGAUGGUGCAGACAUUUGAUAGCAGAUUACCUUUGCACUCGAGAUGUGUACAACGUCAAAGUCUUUUGUGUUCUAUGUGUUCAAUAUGUCUAGCUGUAGUAGUAACAUCCAUCCGAAUAUUUCUCAUCUUUCAUCAUUCAUUAUUUCAACUGUGUGUGACGUUUGGGUCGCUGUCGCUGAGGGCGUCGUACUUGGUUUCCCACGUUGUGCAUACGCUACAACCAGUCUCCUUCAGCUCGCUACGUUAUAUUCAAUCACUUGGUC